CCCGAGCUCCUUGUGGGUGUCGAGCGCACCGGCAGUGUGUGGGGUAUUGCAGAGGUCUGCGCACGCCGGUACAGCGGGCACUGUGCGGCCUGCCUGUCGCCUGGCCUGUCGUGACACAACGAACAGCGGCCGCGGGUCGCGGCGCUGUCCCCGCCUCGCCCAAGUCCGCGGACACCGGGCUGUGCCCCGCCGGCUCGCAAGGGGGCGCUGCCCGCCCCUGUUGCCGCGCCAGGCGGGAGGGGCGGUACUGCCGGUGAGCCCCGGAAGUAGGAGCCACAUCGGUUCCGGGUUGUGUCCGCCGGCGAUGGCGGGGCUGUACCGCACGGUCGGUAUUUUCGGCGGUUUCGUGGCCCUGGUGGCGGCGGCUUUUUACCCCAUCUACUUCCGGCCGCUGCUAAUGCCGGAGGAGUACAAGAAAGAACAGUCAGUGAACCGAGCUGGGGUUGUUCAAGAGGAUAUUCAGCCUGCAGGGUUAAAAGUGUGGUCUGAUCCAUUUGGAAGAAAGUAAUGUUGGCGGCUGGGUGUAUUGCAAGGCAAAACUGAAGAUGGACAUCUUCAGCCAUUUCUUCUUUCACUGAACUCUUGUCUUUGGGUGUCGCUGGAGAAGAAUUCUGAAUAUGCUGUGUGGGCACGUGAGGAACAACAAAGGCUGCCGCUUGAAGUCCUAAGAGAUAAACUCAUGCUAGUUUUGGCAGGAUACUGGGGCAUAAUGCACAGACUGUAGAGAGCUGAAUGAUUCUUGAGAUUAGAAGUAAAAUAUUUGUUUCUUUGAGAAAGGGAAAGAGGAUUGUUUUUGUUUAUAUGUAGACACUUGUAGAAUAAAUUAUGACUAGAAUAAAUCAUGCAGACACUGCAGUUUCCUCCCUAGUUUUAGAAUUACUUUUUGUGGUUUUAAUUAUGAAAACAUGAUAAAAGUAUAUACUGAGAGAGAUCAGUGCAGAAAAUAUAACAAGGUGAGUGUACAUUUGUACAUUAAAAUUUCUUCUUUUUAAACCAGUGUGUAUUUUUUUAAUUUGUUUCACAAGUAGGCAUGCAGGUUAACCUUGGCCAGGUGCUGCCCAGCCACUCUCUGGCUCCUCAACAGGACAGGGGAGAAUAUCGGAUGAAAAAGCUUGUGGGUCCAGAUAAAUACAUGGAGGUUGCUUACCAGUUACUGUUGCAGACAAAACAGACUCAACUUGGGGUAAAUUAAUGUGGUUUUAAUGGCAAUUAAAAUAGGUUUGGAUGGUGAGAAAUAAAAUUUUAAAUAGCACCUUCCCACUGCUUCUCUUUUUCCAGGAUCGGCUUUGCUCCUAACUCCUCCAUUUCUUCCCUUCCUGAGCAGUUGAUGGGGCGGUAACAGUUAUUUCACAACAGUUCUGUUGCUUUUUCCUCCUCGUGUUUUUACCCUGCUCCUCAAGAGCUGCAGCUCUUCAUGAGCUGUAAUUCCUUCAGGAAAUACCCAGCUGCUCCAGUGUGGGCUCCUCCUCAGGCCACAGUGUGGAUAUCUGCUCCAACAUUGUCUUUUCCACAGGCUGCAGGGGAAUACCUGCUCUGGUGCCUAGAGCACUCCUUCCCCACCUUCUGUUCUGGCCUUGUUGUUCAUACUGCUGUUUCUCACUUUUUUUGCCUCCUUCCUCUGCUUCUCUGGUGUUCUCACAAAGGUGCCACCCGCUUGGCUGCUGGGCUGAGCUGUGGGUUCUUUGCGGAGCCAGCUGGAGCUGUUUGUGGCCAGCAUGGGGCAACUCCUGCACCCUGCCUUCCUUGUCGUCCAAACCCUAACUGGUACACCUAGUACAGGAGGUUAACACCAGAUGUUUGGGUGGAAGAGCAGAUACUUUAAAGAAUCCCUUUUUAAAAACACUUUUCCACAAUGAACAUAAUGAUAGUUAGAACAGGCGAGCUAAGGAUUGCCCCUACCAAAAAUCCUUACCUAAAUUCCAUGUCUCUCUUAAUAAUUGGUCCUGAAUAAACUAUGUGUUUUCAGAUUUCAAUAGAAAUAAACAGUAUAUAAUCUGUUGUUACAGUCUAUAACCUAACCAGUAUUGUUCUCAAGUACAGAUGUAGCAUGUACAUUUAAUUUGAGUAUACUACCUUUUGAUUUUUUUAUCACUUCAUUAUGGUAUACAACAUUUUAAGGACCACUGCAAGAUCAUAUAUGUUAGGAAGAAUGUAUGCCUUGUGAGUGUUACUUAUGAGGUCAAUGGUUUGUUAUUUUUUUGGACAUCACACAUUUAUUAAGGUGACAGGUGAAAGACUGGAUAUUCACAGUGUUCUUUCCCAAACUGCUGUUCUGCUACUUGCUAUUCUUUUUCUACCUGUUGUUACUGUUCUCCUCCCACUCAAACACAUAUUUCUGCUUUGAGUUGAUUUUUUCCCCCCCCCCAGUCUCCUGUUACCACUAUAAGCAUUAUAAUUUUUUUUGUUAGCUUGCUGGAAAAAUGAGAUCAAACUUGAUUUCUUUGAGUUCUCAGGUGAUUUCAUAUAAUGGCUGAAGCUGGAGGAAGUAUACAUAUUCACUGUAGGGAUAAUGACAUGUUUCACUAUAUAGCACAGUCACAACUGCUAACACUGUCACAAAGCUAAUUCAGUGUUUCCUAGGAAAAGAAGCAAUUAAAUUGAGGAACAUACUGUUCUUCUAAUUACUUAAUUCUUUCUUCAAUGAAACUGUGGACAUGAGGGAGCCUUGGGCUCUGUUUUCUCAGACAAAACGUUAUAGAGAUGCAUCAGUUUCAGCAAAGUUGUCUAAAAUGUGUUUGCAGUGGAAAUACAGUAUUGCUUAAACUCGGGCUCUCCAUCUAACUGACUAGCUGCAAAACAACGAAUUUCUGGAGAAACUGGGAAUUGUUAAUGCUGUUUCUGUCACUUGGUGACGCAUGCUUAAAAACAUACGUCAUGGUAGCGUGAAAGAAACCACUUUUCAGGAUAAGUGAUGUGACAGAGGAUAUUAAACUACUGAGUUAGGAGAUAAGAUAAUCUGCCUGUCAUUUACUUUGUGAAGUUGAGCAAUUUGCUGAGUCUGGAUCUUGCCUAGAAAAAUGUUGGAUGGUCUCAGAACUGGCAGUUGCUGGCAGGUGCUGAGCCUUCUGCCUUCUUAUUACUUAAACAUUGCAAAACAUUUGAGUAUGUGAACUCAGUAGUGUAGCAUUUAUAGAACUGUGCAUGUUUGUUGGUUCUGAUCUGUAGUUCGUUCCCUGGCAAAAAAGCUUUUUAAGUUUUGUGAUUGCCUGUACAGUGUUUGCAACAGUGUGUAUCACAUCCUGAAGUGAACCUGAACUCUAGAAAGCAUUGGUUUUAGUGAUCAUUGCUUCUUACUUGCUGUAUUCCACCUAAUAAAGUGGGAUGAUUGCCCAUGCCUUUAAACUGUUA